CGCGUGCGCACACGGCCGACUCGGCGCUCCUGGAAUGCGGAUGCGACAGGGCUUCAGCCCCCUCAGCGUCGCACUGGAUUUUACGUCACAUGCCCUGGCUUCAGAGUUCCUAGAUUGCUUCCCUGGGCUCCCGAUUUAUACAAGCUCAUCCCGGAAGUGCUUUAGCCAUGGGGCGGAUUCAAAAGCGGUCGUGCGCAGGCGCGAGAGGCCCGUCUGCUGCCCCGGCUUCUAGUUGAUCUCCCGGGGCUCUCUGGAAGGUACCUGUUGUUGCGAUCACACCCGCGCCGUGUCUGGAGGAGGUUUUUAAAGUAGGGGAAAUCUUAUGCAGAAGAGGAGCCAAGGCCUGGGAGUCCCGAGUCCGCAGGUCGAAUCCCUGCCUUGCUAUCGCACGCUGCGUGACCUAGGGCGGGUCUCUCUCUGGGCCUGUGUUCGAUUUUUUAUUUUGCAGUGAUGCGCUGGGACCGGCUGGUGCAGGCCUAACAGUAAACACUUAUGAAGCGCCUGCUGUGUGCCGGGUGUCCCUGCGCACCGUAGGGAGGGAGGGCCGGAGGAAAGACCCCGCGCACCCAGCCAUCCGAAGCCAAGCUGGUCCCCCACCCCCACCCAGGGCCGAAGCUCAGAGAUGCCCCUAACUUGUCUCCUCUGCCCCUCCUCUCUAGGUACCCCAGCGAGCUCUCUGCCACGCGCGCAUCCUCCCGACCGGCGUCGAAUCCCGGUCAGCCUCCCGGGGGCCGCUGCUUGGGAAACAUCCGUGGGGGGGGGGGGGACACUCACGUGCCGUGUAAAGCAUCUCCCCGAGGGUUCCGAAAUCCGGCCGCCGCGCGCUGGAGCCAGCUGGAGAAAUGGCCUCUUCCUGGCCAAGCGACAAGGAGCCUCGGCCCGGCGUGCCCGCUCCUGCCUGGCUCGGGAUGGAUCGGGAGACGUUGGCGCCCGCCAGCAAGUUGUGCGCGGGCCGCCGAGGGCCGCCGCCCACCGCCGAGGCGGUUUCCGGACCCCGCGCCAGCGUGGACUUUAUCCAGGCAGAAUCUUUCACCUACCCGGACUUCUUCAAAGGGUACCUGCUCCCCAACGUCCCCUGCGUUUUCUCUUCAGCCUUCACCCAGGACUGGGGAAGCAGAAAGUCGUGGGUGACCCGGGAGGGGAAACCCAACUUCGAUCACCUUCUUGGCAGCUUUGGGGAUGCAUCUGUUCCUGUUGCAAACUGUAAUGUCCAGGAAUACAACUCUAAUCCAAAAGAACAUAUCCCACUGAGGGAAUACAUAAGCUACUGGAAGGACUACAUCCAUGGAAACUACUCUUCUCCCAAAGGAUGUCUCUACCUCAAGGACUGGCACCUGUGUAGGAGUUUUCCAGAUCAUCAGGUAUAUACCACACCUGUGUAUUUCUCAUCUGAUUGGUUAAACGAGUACUGGGAUGAACUGGCAGUGGAUGAUUAUCGUUUUGUUUACAUGGGGCCGAAAGGAUCAUGGACCCCAUUCCAUGCAGAUGUCUUCCACUCCUAUAGCUGGUCUGUCAACAUCUGUGGAAGGAAGAGAUGGCUUCUCUACCCCCCAGGGCAAGAAGAGAACCUGCGGGAUUAUCACGGGAACCUGCCCUAUGAUGUGACUUCUUCUGCCCUCAGCAACAUCAAAGUGUACCCAGAAUACCCCAAAUGCUGUCCAGCUAUUGAAGUCAUCCAGGAAGCAGGGGAGAUGAUCUUUGUCCCCAGCGGAUGGCACCAUCAGGUCUACAAUCUGGACGAUACCAUCUCCAUUAACCACAACUGGAUGAAUGGCUGCAAUGUUGCUACCAUGUGGCGCUUCCUACAGACCGAGCUGUGUGCCGUGCAGCAGGAGAUCGCUGAGUGGAGGGACACCAUGGACGACUGGCACCAGCACUGCCAGGUGAUCAUGAAAUCGUGCACUGGAAUUGACUACAAAGAGUUUUAUAACUUCCUCAAAAUCAUAGCAGAAAAGAGAAUUUCUCUCCUAGAAAAAGUUCCUGCAACCAAACCCUUGGAAAAUAUUUGCAGUGACAACCCUGGGCUGGACCCCCACCAUGCAGCUUUUGAUUUAAGUCGAAUUGCUGAUGUGUUAGAAUCCUUGAUCACAAACCCAGAUUUCCAGAAACUGGAGAUUGAUGAACUUUCACUUCCCCCAAAGGACCUCUUCAACCACUUGAAAGAAAUAAUAAAUGCUGCUUCUCUCUAAUCAUGGUUUUUUUUUUAUUAAGUAGCAAGAAGUAACAACAAAUGGAUGUCUUAUCAAUAUACUUACAGUCCACCUUGCCCCAAAGGUGACCUUGAACUUGGGAAUCGCUGGAAGUCAAAUCUGGCUCUGCUAUUUACUACCUAUGUGACUUUGGGGAGAUCACCUAACUAAUCUGAAAUGAAGGAAGUCCUAAUGUCCCUUCUAGCUCUCUGGGUCUGCGAUAUUAGGAACAUAAUUUAAAUGAAAAGUAAUUUUCCUUUCCCACAGCUUAUCUGAGAUCCAGUCCAACAGGAGGGAAAGAAGAAGCUAACUUCAGAAAGUCUUUCAUCAGAUGUUUACUGAGCUGUGUUCCUAGUGUGACCCUGCAGAUCCAGACUAGCCACAUCCUAAAGGCCUAAGGCAGUAUCUCUCCAUCCUGGGUGCCCAGAAAGCCCCAGCUAAGCCAUCAUAUGCCAGCAUUGCGGGCAGUGCUAGUGCCCCCUAAAGCAGCUCCCUUCUGAUCCCUUCCCUUCCAGAGUCACCCCCAUAGGCCCACCAGCUGUUGUCUCUUGGUGAUCUCCCUAUGUUAUCAGAUGAACAGCUGCACUUCAUGCCAGGAAAAACUGCCCUUGGCUCAACGGGACCUUUGUCUGCUGGUGUGGAGCAAAGAUGAUGAGAGUGGACCACGUGUGGGAAACAUGAGUUCAAGUCCCAAUUCUGGUUCUCCAUGGCAGACCCACAGCCUCGGUCUCCCCAUCUGUAAAAUGGAGCUGAUGGUACUGGCACUCACUAUCCAGAAGGGUAUUUGUAAGGAAGGUGCUUUAUAAACCCAGAGGCCCUCUAUGAAUGAGAGCUGCUGAAAAUGCUGCAGCUUAGAAAUGGGGGCUGCAGCAGAAUCAUGCUUAGGGGUAUUCCCAAACCUUGGUGUGGACACUCUGUGUUCUAUUCCCUGGGACUUUGUGCAAGCUCUCGGACCACUGCUGCCCAGGCCCGUUAGCUUGCGUUGUAGCUGGAUCUACCAGGUGCAGGGUUGUGUGCAGCACGGUGAAAGGCACUGGAGUUCUACUGCAGACCUGCUCUCUGCCCUUCCCUCU